AUGAACCUUGUAAUUCACUUGAACUUUGAUCAUUUUAAUAGCAAUCCUAUUAAAAGUAUUCCCUGGCUUGGUUAUUUAAAGUCAAAGUCUAUUAGCCAAGGUGAUUAUCAGUUGAUUACUGGGCUAGACAAUCAUGGUGUGGAUUUCUCUGUCGAUCAAUACUCCAUAGAGUGUCAUAUACACCUACUAAAUAGCCUACUCAACAGCAUCAACAAGCUAGACGUUGUUCAGUGGGUUUUGUACCGCUUACAGCAGCUACUACUCAUCAACCCACCCACAACCCUCAACCUCCUCACAAACACUCCAAAUAUCAACGAAAACCUCCUCCAGCACCUUCAGAACAACGAUACUUACACUCACUUAUCCACUGAGAAACUACUCUCCCUCUCCCUCACUCACUCCCCGUCCACCCACCACCUAAACUCCCUCCUCCAUUCUAUCCACAAGGACAUUGAUACAGGCGUUUAUGUCGAUGUCAGCACCCUCCUCCUCACACAGCUACUCUCUCUAACACCCUCUAAACACUACUCCUAUCACAACAUCCUCCCAACCCUCAUUCCCAUAAUGUCUCACCCGCAAACACCCCCACAAACGACGUACAACAUCAUUUAUUCCAUCUGGAUCAUCUCUUUUGAUAGCUCUCUUUGUGCGAGGAUCAACACCGAUCACCAAAUCAUCCCCCACCUCGCCAACGUUGCAAAAACCUCGAUUAAGGAGAAAGUCGUCAGGUUAAUCUUGGCCACUUUCUCAAAUCUCCUCAGAUUCGCAAAGAAGAACACGCUAAACACCUUCCUAGCCCUGCCCAUACAACCCACGCUCACCUCUCUCUCCACUCGUAGAUGGGUAGAUGACGACCUACUCGCUGAUCUCGCAGCCAUACAACAACAACUGUCUCUCUCUUUUGCUAGUGUGAGCAACUGGGAUGAAUAUGCUUCUGAGCUUGAUUCGGGCCUGCUCAAGUGGUCACCUGUUCAUAAGGAUGAGCAAUUCUGGAAGAACGAGAGUAGGGCGUUGUUAAAUAAUGGUGGAUGGGGCGUAAAGAGGUUGCUGGGGUUGUUGGAGAGUGAUGACCCUACCACCCUCCACAUUGCCCUCUCUGACACUGCCUCCUUCCUCAAAUACACCCCUACCGCUAAGCAACAUAUACACACCCACCACAAAACUGCCAUAAUGCAACUCCUGCAGCAUCCAGAUAACAACGUCAAGUAUCAAGCCCUGCUUACCACUCAGCUCCUCAUCUCUCAGUCGCUUCAUUGA